AUGGUCACCCGCACACACGCACACGAUGGGAGCAACCGCAGCCAAGCACAGGCCCAUGCAGAUGCAGGCGCACACAGACAUGCACGGCGACCCGCGUGGCAGCAACCUCCACCGCGAAAAGGCACCCGCAGCCCACACAGCCAAAACCAGGGGCCACGCAACUACACGCGAAAAUCACCAGGGGACGAACGGCGCACAGCUAUCGCGCCGUCGCUCGUCGACGGUCACUCGGACUCAAAAAUGCAACGCAACUGGUGGUCUCGCAGCACCGGCACCAGCAGGGCGGACGUCAAGCUCGGCCGCAAGGACCCGUGCGUGUCCACCGCGCCAAGCAACGCCCCAACACCGCCAGCCUCACACACGCCCCGCUGCUCAGCCUUGCGCGCAGUCACGCGAAGCUGCCCCGCGACGAUACAGCGAAUCAAAGUCUCGCAGACGUCCUUCGUCUCCUCCCAACUCUUCAAAAAGACGGACACAUCCCAACGCCCAGCAAUCGUCUGGAGCGCCUUCAGCCGC